AUGCCCAGCCAGGGUUUAGUAACACCCUUCCUGGGUGCACUACAGGCCUGCAUUUCUGUGCUGUUGACAAUGUGCUACGGUUUUGCUGCUCGUCGACUCAAUUUGAUCCACGAGACUACAAUCAAUGACAUGCUGGGAUUAGGCGUGAAACUCCUCCUACCAGCACUACUCAUCGUGCAUCUGGGCGAACAGCUUCAUCUUGGGACAGCAAUGAACUAUAUUCCAGUUAUAAUCUGGUCAGUCCUCUACACAACUGCAUCGAUCGGACUUGGUCAUUUCUUGUCGCGUCUGCUUGGCCUACCGCAAUGGAUUAUACCAACUUGUUCGUUCAACAACACUACAUCUCUACCUUUGUUACUCCUCCACUCCCUAGAGAGUGUAGGAAGUCUGAAGCUGAUCCUGCGACAUGGCGAAACCACAUCAUCAGCGAUCGACCGUGCUCAGAGUUAUUUUCUUGUCUGCGGCGUGAUCAGCAAAACCAUCGCAUAUAUCGUCGGACCAAAGAUGUUGCAAGAUCGCGAGGAUAGUCUUAGCACCCCAGAGGAGCGACAUCACACCCCAAGCAUGCUGGCAGAGGAUGAGCAACUCACUGAAGAAACAUCACUACUUCCCCAGCGCGCCCAAGAAGCACGAACAUCAGCCAAGAACCUCAUCCGGCGAUUGACGCACUGGCUAGGCUCAUUAUUCGCCCACCGAGUCAAGCAGGAACUCCUCGCACCCUUCGAAUCACCAUUCGCGGACAUGGCGAUACUCUGCACCAUUGUCGGCGCAGUGCUGGGAUUGGUCCCCUCUUUACACCGAGCAUUCUUCUUCAAUGAGGAAGAUGGCGGGAUAUUCAAUGCGUGGCUGACGGCGAGUAUCAGGAAUAUCGGCGGGCUGUUUACAACGCUGCAGAUCUUCAUGGUUGGGUGUAAGCUUGGAAUCACGUUCGAGCGGAUGGUUGCAGAAGGGCAUUCGAGCCGAAUCCCUGUCAAGGCUAUCACGACUAUCUUUCUCGUUCGGUUGGUGGUCUGGCCGGCCCUGAGUGUUUCAUUGAUUUAUGGAUUGGCUAAGAGGACUUGGCUCCUUGGUGACGAUCCAAUGCUCUGGUUUAGUAUGAUGUUGAUGCCAGUUGGUCCACCCGCGUUGGUGAUUUCUGGGUUGGCGGAAUUGGCGCAGGCGUCUGAGAUGGAAAAAAUGGUUAUUGCACAGACGUUGACGAUCAUGUAUGCCUUGUCGCCAUUUGUAUGUUUUAGUAUCACAGGAGCGCUUAAAGCUUCCGAGGCAGUGUUGCAAGGGAAACGAUGA